AAUGCUUGUCCUCAUCAUGGUUAUGAAAAUUGACGUUUGAUAAGUUUUUUUUUAUGAAAGUUUGACACCUAAAAUGCGCCAAUUUGUACAAACCAUGUGUAAUGGAGAAUUUUUUGACAAAGAGCCUGAGGAAGCAUUUGAAUAUUUUGAUUACCUUGCUGAAAAUGCUCAAUCUUGGGACACAACUGAUGUGCAUGAUAGGUCUAGGCAAGUUGAGUCUGGUCAUGGAAAAUAUACUUUGAAAGAAGAUGAUGAUUUGCGUGCUAAAUUAACUUUGUUGUCUAGAAAAAUGGAAGCUAUGGAAUUAAAAAAGGUAAAUGAAGUGCAUGCUGUCCAUAAAAAUUCAGAGAAGUGUAGCAUAUGUGAGGAUCAUGGGCAUUCAACUAAUGAGUGUCCCACGAUCCCCGCAUUCAAAGAGGAUGGAGAAACCACCCAAAUUUUGGGUGGAGGAAUGACCAGCAAGUAGCUCCAGCAGCCUUGGCUCUGGACCCUCUCAACUCGC